AUGAGCGAAGCAGCUACGUCCGCGAGCACGCACCGUGGGGCCAUGAGCGGCCACGAGGGCGACUCCAGCGCCAAGGACAAGUCAGGCACGCCCUCGCAGCGCCUCGGCCGCGGCAUGCGCGCCACCAAGGCCCCGCAGACCUUCGACGCCGACGCCAACCCCGCUGCGCGCUCCCGCCAGGGGUAUUACCCCUGCAAGGUUUGCGGCCUCAUUUGCACGUCAGCGCAGCAGCUGGGCGGGCACCAGAACUCGCACCGCUUCGAGCAGGGCCGCGCGGUCCCGACCAAGUCCGGGAAGCCCGCGCACCGCCCCGCGGUGUCGGACCGCAGCACGGGCCCCCGGCGGGCGCACAGCGCGCCGCGCACGCGCCCCGCGAACAACCAGCUGCUCUACCGCGCGCAGAUGCGCUGGGAGCACUACAGCUUCCCGCUCGCGGCGAACGUGCACCUGCCGUCCGCGACGGAGCCGUGCGCGUCGGUCACCUCGGCAUUCCUCCGCGUGCUGUCGCUGCUGACGGCCGCCGAGGCGGGGCGCGCGGCCGGCGAGCGCAACAUCCUCCGGCUGCUCUCGCAGCACGUCCGGCGCACGAAGGUCGUGCUCGUCGGGUCCACGGACAGCGCCGCGGCGCCCGUCGACGCCUCAAAGCACCUCCUCAUGGACCACGACGGCGCCCAGUAUUUCACCACGCUGGACCGCAACCGGUACGGCACGGACGACUGCUACCUCGCGACGGUGAUCCGCGCGUGCCUGGACGUCCUCGGGCUCUGCCCCGCGCUGUGCGAGGUCGACAUUCUGGACGCGAAGCGCAGCCGGGUGCAGCGGCCGGAGGGCGCGGCGGGCCCGUGCACGUGCGCGCCGCGGCCGCUGGCGUGGGGCGCGGGCGUGCGGCCGGUGUCGGCGCCGCAGACGCACGUCACGGCGUCCGGCGGCAGCGGCCUGUUCGACGCGCUCGUGAUGGCGGCGACGGGGAGCGCGGACGAGGGCGGCAUGGACUCGCGCGCCGAGCACGAGGUGACGCAGAAGCCGCACGGGCCGUCGCGGCUCGGGCAGCGCGUGACGCGCGUGUUCAGCGGCGACGACGACGCCCCCGACCGCGCGCGCGCGCAGCGCGCCGCGAGCGAGGGGUGGGGCAACGGCAACACGUCGCCGCACGCGAUCAAGACCGACCCGCACGCGGACGGCGAGGCGGGGACCUCCGAGGGCGUCCCGGUGCAGCAGCGCGUGGGCACGAGCAGCUUCAUCGGCGGCGAGGCGUCCGGCGGGGAGAGCGACGCGCACGGCGACCUGGCGGAGCAGGUGUGGGAGCUCCGGCGGCAGCUGGCGGAGGAGCGCGCGGCGCGCGAGGCCGUGAACGCGGCGCUGAAGCGCACGGAGGAGGAGCUCCGCGAGAGCCGCUCGGCCUACGAGCACGUGCGCAGCCUCAUCGCGCAGGCGUCGAACCUCCAGCUCGCCAUGCAGCAGCGACUCGUGGCGUCCGCGAUGAACCCCGCGGCGCUGCAGGGCGCCAUCCGCAACGUCGUGCAGUCCAUGGUCGGCGGGCAGGGCGCCACGGUGACGCCAGACCUCACGAUGCUGUCGCGUACCAUUGCCAUGGGCAUGUCCCAGGGCGGGCCCUCGGUCGAGGCGGCCGGGCCCGUCGGCGGGCUCGCCGCCGUGGCCGCGGCGGUCGCGAAGACCGCGGGCAAGACGGCUGCUGCCGACGGCGCCGCGAAGGCCGCCGGCACGGAGCCCGCCACCGUGCCCGGCGACGCCGCCAAAGACGGCGGCAGCGGGACGCCUGGCGGCGUGAACGGGAACGUGUCCGACGGAUCGGAGGACUACCAGACGACCGCGCAGGUCGGGAGCAAGCGCUCCCCCGUCACGGACGCCAGCGGCACCGACGCCGGCGCCAAGCGCCGCGCCGGCAGCGGAAACGCCGCCCCGAUCCCGCUGCCCGUGCCGACGACGAUGCCGUCCGCCCUGCCCUGA